AUGAUGCAGUUCGAAUCGUUGGCAAAUGAAUUAUUACUUGAUCUAUUUGAAUUCUUCGACAUUUAUCAUCUUCUUCAUGCUUUUUUUGGUCUUAAUCAUCAUUUUAAUCAACUUGUUUAUAUUCAUUUUCGUAUUCAUCAGCUUAAUUUUCAGUCUAUAUCGAAAGAACAUUUUGAUCUUGUUUGUCAAAAAUAUCUUCCAUUAAUAAUUGAUAAAAUUACUUCUAUUCGCCUUUCGAAUGAGGAAACACCUAAUUUACCAGAACUUCUUCUUACUCGUGGUUUUACUCUUGAUCGAUUUAUUCAUUUACAAUCACUUUCAUUGUACAAAAUUCAUUCUCUUAAUACAUUAAUUCAAAUAACAUCUCAAUUACAACAUCUUCAUUAUCUCACUUAUUUCAUGAUGAUUUAUUGUUCUGUUAGUUGGUGGAGAGAUGAUGCUGGUUUUGUCUUAUUCAAAAACAUUUGCAACAUACCAAAUCUUACUCAUUGUAAUUUAAGUAGUAUUCAAACGAUUUCAAUAAGAUUUUCUGAAAUUUUAACAGUUUCAUCAUCCAUUGAAAAUCUUUCUAUGGAAAAAAUUACAUGUAAUUUACAUGCUCUAUCAAAUCUAUUCAAAUGUACACCUCAUCUACAACGACUUUGUACAACUGUUGACUUAUCUUCUGUGGAUGAACAAUUAGAGUUUGUUAUUGCAUCAAUUAUUUCAUUGAAACUCUCAUUUCGAGGUUCUUUCCAAUCGAUGAAUAACGUUUUUCAAAAGAUGCCAAAUCUAUGUUACUUAACAAUUGAUACAUCAGGAAUUUAUUUAAAUGGAUAUACAUGGGAACAAAUUAUUAUUCAUUAUUUACCUAAACUCAAAAUAUUUCAAUUAAAAAUGGAUUUCAAAUUUGCUGAUUACAAUAACAUACACGAACAAAUUGAUGAAUUACUCAAUAGUUUUCGAAGUGAAUUUUGGCUUGUAGAACAUCAAUGGUUUGUUGAAUGUCAUUGGAAUCCAUCAGAUUUCAAUAGAUGUAUUACUCUUUAUACGUUACCAUAUGUUUUUAAUACAUUUAAUUAUUCAGAUGAGUAUCAUUUUAAAUCGACUUGCAUUGAUAAAGCAAUAUAUUGUAAAUAUAAAUGUGUACGAUUCUUUAGUUACAAUAAUCUUGAAAAUAGUUGGUUCAAUAAUUUUACACCUUUUUUUGGUUGCUUUCCUAACAUUCGUCAUAUGGACAUUGAACUUCCAUUGAAGAAUGAAUUGUAUUCAUAUAAUUUAAAACUGAAUCAACUAAUUUCACUUAAUGUAAAAUUAAGAAAUUCAUAUGAUUAUUAUCAAUUACAAACAAUACUUGACUAUGCACCUCGUCUUUAUUCGUUGAAAGUCAAUGCUGUUCAUAGAUUCUACACUGGACUAUUUCAAUUAAGAAGUAAAUCGAUUCGUCGACUUGAUUUGAUUGAUACACAAGUCAAAAAUUGGUAUCAUCUUACCAUUGACGAUUCUGCCAAAUUGAUCAGUUCACCUCUGGUAUUGCAAUGUGAAGUUAUUUCAGUUAGAAUGAAAAAUCGAAGAAGUGUUCUCAACCUUAUUCAAAAUGUUUCUAAUAUUCGAUCAUUGAUCUUUCAGUGUGAGGAUGAUCAACAACUAUAUGUUGAGACUCACAAUCUAGAAUUAGAUCCUAUCUAUUGGUUACAAAAUCGCUUACCAUCAACAUAUUCAAUAACAAGAAAUUUAGAAAAAACAUCUAUUAUUCAAGUUUGGAUCGAUCAAAAAAUAAAAAGACAAAGAAUGACCAUAUCUUAA